AGGAGGCUGACUGAUCGCCGGAGUAGAGGAGAGAGAGCACGCCUGCGCGGAAUCCCCGGGCGGGCGCGGGCAGUGCCACCGGAGGCCCGGCGGUUUCAGAGCUUCGCCCGGGACGACGAACCGCGGACGAGCCGAGUACGGGAAAGCCGAUCGCGCGUACUACCGACCCGACCGAUCUCGCCAGUAGACAGUAGUAGUGUCCGAGGGGGUUGCAUCGCCGCGACGGGGGAGAGAGAGAGAGAGAGAGAGAGAGAGAGAGCGAGAGAGCGAGAGAGAAAGAGAAGGAAAAACGGGCAAACGGGGGGUGUUGAGAGAAAGAACGUCGACAAGAAGUAGAGCACGGAGGAGAGACCCGUUUGGUGACCUUCGCGACGGUCGGUGCGCGUCUGCCUCUCGACGUCUUCUUCGCGAGCAACACAGAAGGAAGAAGCGAUUAUAGGUACCCCUUUUCCGGGGUACGCACGCACACACGCACACACACGCGCAUAUAUACACACAUACACACACACACACACACACACACAUACACACAUACGUAUACACACACAUACAUACAUACGGAGAGUGCCACGGUGCGAAAGUUCUCCGCGAAAGCUUCGACAUAGCACCUCGGAUACUUAGAGAAGAAACGAGGAGGAGGCACCCUCGGCCUGUCGCUUGCGUCACGGUGAAGAAAUCCUCGCGCGCGAGAUAGCCAACGGCUGCGAGAUAAUGUGAUAUCAGUGUGUCGCCGGAGAAGCGGAUAAAGGAGAGGAGGAGAAGAACAAACGAGGAGGUGCGCGAAACGAGACGAGGGAACGCGAAAAGGGGGUUGCAACGAGGACGAGGAGAAGAGUGCCACCGCCACCGCCGCCGCCGCCGCCGCCGCUCGCUCUCGGGGAGAGUAUGCGCGAAUCCUGGUAGCACCGGUCGGCCGGGGGAUGAGCGCGCGGACGACGACGGAGGUUUAGGUGGAGGUGCGCCGCGAGGAAGGUGCACCGGCUGGCCCCAGCUGCCGCGUGUUGCCGUUCCAUGAGAUGUCAGUGGACCGUUCGUCGCGAUCAGUCGCUACGUCGCCGUUGUCGUUGUCGUCGUCGUUGUUGUUGUCGUCGUGAUCACCAUGAGGAGGUCCUCCUACGUCAACUACUACGUCCUGUGCCUCGUGUGCUGGAUCCUACUAGGCAUUACCGGGGUGAGCACGAGAUCCCAUUCGUUGGUGAAGAGGUUCGACGGGAUUUACACGGGGCCUUACUUCGACUCGAACACUCCAACGAAUAUCACGGCGCAGUUGGGCACUCAUGCUUACCUGCCGUGUAAAGUGCGGCAACUCGGUAACAAAUCAGUCUCCUGGAUCAGAAGGAGGGACUCGCAUAUCCUCUCGGUGGACAGGACCAUGUUCAUACCGGACGAGAGGUUCCAGGCGAUUUUCGGGGAGGCGGACACGUGGACGCUGCAAGUGAAGUACGUCCAAGCGCGCGACGAAGGCGAGUACGAGUGCCAAAUCUCGACCGACCCGAAGAAGAGUCACAUCAUCAAGCUCAACAUCGUCGUGCCAAAGAUCGAGAUCUUGGGGGACCGUGACAUGUACGUGAAGACCGGCAGUACCGUCGCGAUACGAUGCGUGAUAAAGCAGUCCCUCGAGGGCCCGUUCUACGUCUUCUGGUACCACGAGGGCGAUCGCGUGCUGAACUAUCAGCUCGGCAAGAUCGACAUUCAGACGAAGCGAAUCGAUCAGGACACGGUGAGCAGCCUCGUGAUCCACAACGCGAGACGGGAGGACUCGGGUAACUAUACUUGCAGCCCGAGCAAUCUGGACAGCGCGAGCGUGCAGCUGCAUGUGCUGAACGGAGAGCAUCCCGCCGCGAUACAGAGGGGCAUCAGCUCGGCACCGGGUGGCUGUCCGACGCUCUGGUGGCUGGCAGGUGUGGUGACACUCUACUCGACUCACGUUAGCCGCCAGCUCGUCCUCGCUAUUCUGCUCCUCAUGGUUCUCUACUCGAAAAAUCCAUCUUACUUUGCGACGGAACGAUAAUCAGGCAAGACCGGCGGAUGGUAUACGCGAUAAUCGAUUAUCUCCUGCUACGAGACCCCGACUACCUCGAGAGAAGAGAUCCUCGACGUUCUGCGCGGACCGAUUUCCCCGAGAUGAUGAUUAGGGAUGGAAAAAAGGGCGGACGAGCGGAAGGAUCAUGGCGAGAAAGAGAGAGAGAG